AUGGUCGCCAACAUCGGAGGCCUCGCUGCCCGUGCAGUCUUCCUCAUUUCGACUCGCCCCCUCGCCCAGAGAGCGGACGCCGCGACUUACACCAGCAACGCCGUCGACGCCAUUCGCACCCUCCAGACCUCGUGGUAUGAUGUCGGCACCGGUCUUUGGGACAACGCGUGGUGGAACAGCGCCAACGCAUUCACGACGCUCGCCGACUUUGCCGACCUGAACCGUGAUGCCGCCAACGAACUCAACCUCGGAGGCGUUCUGAAAAACACCUUUGACCAAGCCCAGAAGGCCACGGCCACGGCCGCCAAGUCCAUCAGCGCCCUCGACCUCGUCACGACUUCCUAUGCCAUCACCAAGCGCGAAAACCCGCUGCCCCUCGAGGCCCGUCAGUUCAGCGCCCAGGGCUUUCCCAACUUCAUCAACGAGUAUUACGAUGACGAGGGCUGGUGGGCGCUCGGCCUGAUCAGAGCCUACGACAUCACCAGGGACCAGGACUACCUCGACAUGGCUGUGCGCAUCUUUGCCGACAUGAAGACGGGCGGCAACACCACCUGCGACGGCGGCAUCUACUGGAGCAAGGACCGCAAGUAUGUGAACGCCAUCGCCAACGAGCUCUACCUCAGCGUCGCCGCCUCGCUUGCCAACCGCAUAACCAGCGACAAGGCCAGCUACCUCAACAUCGCGACGUCCCAGUGGGCUUGGUUCAAGGCCAGCGGCAUGAUCAACGACGAGGGCACCAUCAAUGACGGCCUCGACGGCGACUGCCAGAACAACGGCGCCAACGUGUGGUCCUAUAACCAAGGUGUCGUUCUCGGCGCCCUCGUCGAGCUGAGCCGCGCCACUGGCGACAAGUCGGUCCUGACCGAUGCCUCCAACAUCGCCAAGGCCGCCAUCAAGCGGCUGGCCGACAACAACGGCAUCCUCCACGAUACGUGCGAGCCCAACUGCGGCUCCGAUGGCAACCAGUUCAAGGGCAUCUUUGUUCGCAACCUGCGGUACCUGCACGCCGUGGCGCCCCAGAACGACUUCAAGACCUUCCUCCUCAAGAACGCAGAUAGCAACUGGUCCAAGAACCGUGAUGGUAAAGGAAAGCUCGGUGUAGUUUGGUCAGGCCCUGUACAGGGUGUUUCCGGACCGACUCACAGUUCAGCACUAGACUCUAUUGUUGCCGCGAUUGCCGUCGCGUAA